GUAAUUCCAGAAUUGGUUUUUUUUUGAAGAAAAUAUCGAAUAAUAAAAAAGAUGAAAUAUUGCACUAUUCUAAUUUUGUGCGCUGGACUUUUUGUCGUUAAUGGACAACAAUGUGCAAACGAAGGUGGACAAUGUCGCAACGAUGGUGAAUGCUGUCAGAAUCUUCGAUGCAAUAGAGAAAAAUGUGAAAAAAUUGAAGUAGACUGUCAACGAGAGGGACAGCGUUGUCAAGAAGAUUGUAAUUGCUGUCAAGAUUUUCGAUGCAAUGAUAGAGAGAAAAUAUGCGAGAGAAGAAGAGAGGAAUGUCGAAAAGAGGGUCGAGAGUGUCGGAACGAUGGUGAAUGCUGUCGGAAUCUUCGAUGCAAUAGAGAUAGAUGUGAAAAAAGAGAAGGUCCUCUAGAAUGUCAACGUGAGGGACAACGAUGCCAAGGUGACUGUAAUUGUUGUCAGAAUCUUCGAUGCCAUGAUAGAGAUAAAGUAUGCGAGAGAGUAAGAGAUGAUUGUCGAAAAGAGAAUCAAAAUUGUCGCAACGAUGGAGAAUGUUGUCAAAAUCUCCGAUGUACUCGAGAGAGAUGUGUAAGAAAAGGAGGUAGCGAUGAUUGUCAACGUGAAAAUGAAGAUUGCAGAAAUAGAGAUUGUUGUAGAGAUUUAAGGUGUCGUAAUGAUCGUUGUGUUAAAGAUACUUGUCGUGAAUUUGGACAGGAGUGCGAAGAAAAUAGACAAUGUUGUAUUUUCUUAACAUGCGAUCGUCGUCAAAGGCGUUGUACUUUUGGUUUCUAA